CAACAAGAACGAAAAACAACAAGGACGAUUCUGAAAAAGUUCAACAAACGAACGUUAAAGGAUUAAAUUGUCUGCCAUUGAUAUUAAGUGUUUUAAAUGUCAUUGCAAGUGUUUAAUUCACGCGAAACGAAAAGAGAAAAUUGAAAACAGGCGCAGUUGCAGAGAGAAAAAUUUGCAUAUAAAGCUACAGUCUUAAUUUUUAUUUAUAGCGUAAUUUUAAUUUAAGCCUUGAAAAUAAUUGUUGUAGUGUAGCAAUAGGAAUAGCAAUCUUCAACCUUUUUUAUUGUAAUAAAAGAUUAAGCUAAUAGAAAGGAAGACACAAAAACGUGUUGUGUGUGAAAAAGAAAAUUCAAAACAAACAUAUAUUACGGUAGAUCAAAAGCUCGCAAAGCCAAGUGCGAAUUGAUAAGACAAAGUCAAGACUGAUAAAGUGAAAGAAAAAAGAAUCGAAGGAGAAUUUGAAGCAGAGUGCAAAGGUUGUAGCUGCAGCACUAAAAAGAGACCACAAACCGAGUGGGUCAUCGCAAGAUGUUGACCCUGUGGACGGCACUUUUCUGCUGCCUGACGGGGCUGGCCGUGUGCUACCAGCGGCAAUCUGUAAGCAACAACAAUCACAAUAACGCCGAGGCGAAGCCGACCCAUGCGCCCCCCUCGCAUUAUCCUCAUGGCCACAAGUGGAACGAGCCGUACUUUGAUCUCACGAUGCCCAGGAACAUCACUUCGCUGGUGGGCAAAUCCGCAUAUCUGGGCUGUCGUGUCAAGCAUCUUGGCAAUAAGACGGUUGCCUGGAUACGACAUCGUGACCUGCACAUCCUCACCGUGGGCACCUACACCUACACGACGGAUCAACGGUUCCAGACCUCCUACCAUCGGGACAUUGACGAGUGGACCCUGCAGAUCAAGUGGGCCCAGCAGAGGGACGCCGGCGUCUACGAGUGCCAAAUAUCCACGCAGCCCGUGCGCAGCUACUCCGUCAACCUGAACAUCGUGGACCUGAUAGACGCCGAGACCAGCGAUAUGAUGCAGCAGUAUUAUAACGAUGACGCCUUCUAUAUAGCCGAGAAUCGGGUGUACCAGUCCAGUAACGAUGAGUUCGCCGGCAUGUUUGGACCCAUACAGACAGUUGCGGUGCCCACGGCCACCAUUCUGGGAGGACCCGAUCUGUAUGUGGACAAGGGCAGCACCAUAAAUCUCACUUGCAUCAUCAAGUUCAGCCCGGAGCCACCGACCCAUAUCUUCUGGUAUCAUCAGGAUAAGGUGCUCAGCGAGGAAACUUCGGGCGGCCGGCUGAAAUUCAAGACCAUCAAAUCGGAGGAGACCAAAUCCAUUUUGCUCAUUUACGAUGCGGAUCUCCUGCACUCCGGCAAAUACUCGUGCUAUCCUUCGAACACGGAGAUAGCCAGCAUACGCGUCCACGUCCUUCAGGGCGAGCGACCCGAGGCGAUGCAAACGAACGCGGCACCGGCCGCCGUUGCCCUGGCCUGUUGGUCCUGUCACUUUGGCCAGGCCACGCAGGCGGUCAGGGUAAUUAGCACAAUGGUGGCGGCACUUGUAUUGUUGGAGGCCUGCUCCUCGCUGCUGCUGCAGGGUGGUGGCGCAGGUGGAGGAGGUGGAUGUCCUGGAGGAGGAUCGCCCGCAGGAGGAGUGCCCACUCGAGUCAGGGAGAUACGGGAGAAACCGCUCACAAGCUCCCUGCUGCACGGUGAUAAAUUAAUGUCGCCCAGUUGGAAUUCCACCGCCAAUGCAGCCUCCGAGUGCAGCUGAAAUGAUUUAUACUCAAAGUUACAGGAGCAUCGGGAGCAGAAGCAGGAGCAGCAGCAUCUGAGGUCCUGCCACUCGAGCUGCAUGUAAUACCUAUCUGAAAAACCAACUAAUUAUGCUAAUGAUAGAAGGAGCCGCGACGCUGCUCCUGGAGCUGCUUCUCCUGCUCCUUGGCAAGUUGUAAGUAAGCGUGUUUCUAAUUAAGUGGGCUGGGGAUUAGUUAGUUAGGCGGAAAUCGGAGCCAUGUACAUAAACUUCUCACGUAAAUUGCCAGCACACCAGCGAAACUAGCUAAAUGGAAAGCAUUUCGAACGAAUCAUCAAAUUGGAGAACUAUAUUCAAGUGGUUUGCUUGUAGAGCCAUGGCUAGAAGUUUAAAUAAAUAAUAAAGAAAAUGGAGAACAGGGGUGUUUUGGAGCUAGUAGAGAUUUAAAAACAGUCAUUAAAGUGUCUAUGACCUAAGGUACCACAUAAUUUGUUCUAUAGCUAUAAGGCAAAAGAAACGUAAUUUGUAUAUAGUGUAGCACUUGACUACUGUUUUUGAAUAUCUUCGUAUUUCUGAAGGACCCCCAUUAGUAACUUAAGUAUAUACAUACGUAGCGAAAGUUUACUCAGAUCGUUGUAAAUACUAUUGGGAUUCGUUCUCGAUUUAUCUGUGUGUUGCCCUUGGGUUACCCUGUAUAGCCUAGAGUUUAAGCAAUGUACAUACUUAGAGAUACAAAGUAGCUAACUGAUUCGACACGAACUUCUUCGAAGGUUCCUAAACUAAUUUUUUAACAACUUUACAUGUCCCAUGGUCUCCCUCAAUAAUCUAUGGGAACUCGGAGAAUGCAUGAGAAAUUCCUGCCAAAAACCCGCUUCAGUUUGAAGUGCGACUUUCCGGGCUGGCAAUUUAUUUAGAAGAAUUUCGAAUUUCUCCAAGUCAUGUGGGCAGUUCCUGUUCCCAUUUACCAUCUACCAACUCCAAGCAAUUGCUGCGAGUUCAUUGCUCUCCGAGUCCGGGGAAAUUUAGAGCCACCCAGUUCGGCAUGUCCGGUUGCAUUUAUAUGGCCUGUCCCACCAGAAAAAAGGGGCAAAAGACGAGGACGAAGACACAACUGGCAAGUCACUUUUCACUCUUGUCAACAAAAUAUUUGCAUUUCCAUUUCGGUCCGAGGCCGUCGAAUGUGUUCACGUUGGGUUCGGGUUCGUCUUGAAGGACUUUGGCCGGGACACCGGGCUCGUCUUCCUGUGCCACAUUUAAAAAUGUAUGGGUUCCACGGCCGGUAAAUGGGGCCGAGUUUAACUGAUCAAAAUUGUAAAUAAACCUGCAUAUAUACCAUAUGAAUAAACUAUAAAUUGUACUCAAGUAUUCGUGUGGUAGUCAUACAUUACAUAUAUGAAAACACAAACAUAAGAAUGCACAGUGCUCGCAAAUCGGACAUGAAUAUAUAUAUAGAUAUGGAUUUAUAUACGUAUAUGGAUGUAUCGAUAUUAAAAAUGUAAACCCAACGCAUGCAAAAUUAGUCGCGACAUGUAAAUGAAUGUUUAAUGGGUAAAUUAAUGUUGCCAUAAAAGGGACAGGAAAAAACCAUGAAUAUAAUUGCAAUUAAGCAAAUAAAAUGAAAUAUAUGUUAGAAGCAUAAUAUGGGGAAAAAUAGAGAGUAUUAUAACAGAAGCCGAAAAGCAGAAAGCGGAAACAAAAACAAACUCUGUUGACUUUUGUUGCAAACAAAAUGGCAACGCAUUAUAAAGAUUAUGAAAUUGUUUUUAAUUUUUAAGCGAGUAGCCACGUAAACAUGAAAAUCGGAAUGAAAAAUUUCAAUAAAGUUUUUUUAGUUAUUACCAUCCAA